AUUAAAUGCAAUUGAUGCACUUUUUUAUUCUUGAGGUUAUUUUCGUUUUGCAAUUUGACACCUUGGCGCCACUGCCACAUGUCAUUUAUGCUUAUUUAUUGGUUAGGUUACCACAUCCCGUCAGUAUUAAAAUAAAACCAAAAAAUACCGUUUAAUUUCAAGUAAGAACGGAAAUGGCAACAACUAGAUUAUUAAAAAAGUUCACUCCAAAUGGGAUUCGUUUUUACGGGAGCGAUGUUAAAAAAUGUACUCUUAUCCCAGGAGAUGGUAUUGGACCGGAAAUAUCAGCAGCAGUUCAAAAAAUUUUUACCGCAGCUAAAGUUCCAGUAGAAUGGGAAAGUGUUGAUGUUACACCAGUUAGGGGCCCUGAUGGCAAAUUUGGUAUCCCACAAGCAGCAAUUGACUCCGUUAAUAAAAACAAAGUUGGUUUAAAAGGCCCUUUAAUGACACCGGUUGGUAAAGGACAUCGUUCUUUAAAUUUAGCAUUGCGUAAAGAAUUUAAUUUAUACGCAAACGUUCGUCCUUGUAAAAGUUUGGAUGGAUAUAAAACACUUUAUGAUCAUGUUGAUGUUGUAACAAUAAGAGAAAAUACCGAAGGGGAAUACUCUGGAAUUGAACAUGAAAUUGUUGAUGGUGUCGUACAAAGUAUAAAAUUAAUUACAGAGGAUGCGUCAAGACGCGUUGCCGAAUUUGCUUUUCAAUACACCAAAGAUAAUAAUAGAAAAAAGGUUACUGCGGUUCAUAAAGCUAAUAUAAUGAGAAUGUCCGAUGGUUUAUUUUUGAGAUGUUGUCGCGAAAUGGCUGAAAAAUACCCCGAUGUUAAGUUUGAAGAGAAGUAUUUAGACACUGUUUGUUUAAAUAUGGUUCAAGAUCCAACUCAAUAUGAUGUUUUGGUGAUGCCCAAUCUUUAUGGUGAUAUUUUAUCUGAUAUGUGCGCCGGAUUAGUGGGCGGAUUGGGGUUAACUCCAUCAGGAAAUAUUGGAAUUAGCGGUGCUUUAUUUGAAUCGGUUCACGGAACGGCUCCGGAUAUUGCCGGAAAAGACAAAGCGAACCCAACGGCUUUAUUAUUAUCGGCGGUUAUGAUGCUCAAAUAUAUGGGUUUAAAUGAUUACGGGAAUAAAAUCGAAGCUGCUUGUUAUGACACGAUUAAAGAAGGAAAAUAUUUGACGGGAGAUCUUGGCGGGAAGGCGAAGUGUUCCGAAUUUACGAACGAAAUAUGCAGCAAAGUUGCGUAAUAAAUAAUGUAACGAGGAAGAUCGUUACCUCUCUAUUAAAAUUAAAAAUAGUGUGUUUGUAAUUGUACAAAUUUGAGUUUUAGAAAAUAAGAUCGAUCCAAACUUAUCCCCCCCGUCCUUAAUCAUCGUUUCUUCCUUUUUUUUUUAAUGUAAUUUAUUACGAUUGUUGUUACCCUUUAAACAGAAAUAGUGAUUUUAUUUAUGUACUAGUCCUCAAAUUAUUAAAUUUAUUUUUAAAA